UUGUUGGGAGUGCUGGAACAUUAACUGUGCUCGGUGGAGAAAAGAGGGGAGACAGGGAGAGGGGAGAGCCAUGCAAGACCACCGGCUCACCAAUUCGACUCACUGGUACUCACCUUAAAACAGAAAAAAACAUGUAACUAAAGAAAAGUAACUCCCUCUCCCUAGUCAAAUCCGCUCAGUACCUAUAAUUCAUCGCUCAGUGUGAAAUACCUGUGGAUUUAUUUUGUUUUUGGGUAAAAUAACAAAUAAAUAAAACCAAAAAAUUUUGAGGAAAAAAUCGGAACAGCUGUCAACAGAAGAUGCGCACCCGCGACUAGACGCACCGAAAAUGACUGAGCUUCAAGAACAAGAUUUCAACUUAGCGGAAAUACAUUUUUAACAGUUUGACGUGACUUUAACGGAAAACGUCACAAUCUCAGCUUCGAUCGAGGAUUUGUUUCCCCUCUGCUGUUUUUCUCCCGUUAAAGAAGAAUGAGUGGAGGUCGAUUUGAGUUUGAUGACGGCGGCGCGUACUGCGGCGGCUGGGAAGGCGGAAAAGCGCACGGUCACGGCAUCUGCACGGGUCCGAAGGGUCAAGGCGAGUUCUCCGGCUCUUGGAAUUACGGAUUCGAGGUGGUCGGGGUGUACACCUGGCCCAGCGGAAACACGUACGAAGGCUACUGGGCUCAGGGCAAACGCCACGGCCUGGGCGUCGAAAACAAAGGCCAUUGGCUGUACAAGGGCGAGUGGACACAUGGCUUUAAAGGCAGGUACGGCACGCGGGUGAGCCUCGGCAGCGGUGCCAAAUACGAGGGCACGUGGAAUAAUGGCCUGCAGGACGGAUACGGCACCGAGACUUACGCGGAUGGCGGCACCUACCAAGGCCAGUUUACUGGUGGAAUGCGACAUGGUUAUGGUGUUCGUCAGAGCGUCCCAUAUGGUAUGGCCGCUGUGGUGCGGUCUCCACUGCGCAACUCAUUAACCUCCCUGCGUAGCGAGCACAGCAAUGGCAUGCUGCUGCAGCAGGAUGUUCCCAUCAUCACCACCACAAAUGCAUCAGGCCAGGAGACAGUUGUCACUCCGUCCAUACCGGUGGGACCCUCACGUGGUGGCUUUGCCCUCAGUCUACAUGGUGACCCUGAACUUGCCAAGCCAAAAAAACGUGGCCUUUUCCGGCGUGGCUCACUGCUGGGCAAGCUGACUAAGUCAGAAUCCCGCACAUCCCUCUCCAGUCAGAAGAGUAAGAUCAGCUUUCUGCGCAGUGAGUCGGCCCUGAGUUCAGCGACUAGCGAUGCCAACUCUACCAUCAGCAUGGGUGACAGUGAAGCAGAGGGUGAGGGCCACGAGUUCCCACCUGUCGAGCCUGACAUUGACGCCACCACAACCGAGGUUUACAUGGGCGAAUGGAAGAAUGAUAAGCGGUCAGGCUAUGGCAUCAGUGAGCGCUCCAGUGGCCUGAAGUAUGAAGGCGAGUGGCUGGACAACCAGCGGCAUGGUUAUGGCUGCACUACCUUUGCUGAGGGUGGUAAAGAGGAGGGCAAGUAUGUACACAAUGUGCUGGUCAAGGCUGUGAGGAAGAAAGUGAUUCAACUGAAGGGCACCAAGGUCAAGCAGAAAGUGGAAAGGAGUGUUGAGGGAGCACAGAGGGCCGCUGCUAUUGCCAAACAGAAAGCUGAAAUUGCCAGCUCAAGAACUUCCCAUGCCAAGAGCAAAGCAGAAGCUGCUGAACAGGCCGCUCAAGCUUCCAACAAUGAGUCCAGCAUUGCACGAGUCGUGGCCAGAGAACUCUCGCCCUCGUUCUAUCAGCCAGGCCCAGAAUACCUAAAGAAAAGAGCACUACAAGAAAUUGCUGAGAGCAAUGAGAAUGCUGACACAGGCAUGCAUGAGUCACUGCUGGCUGAGGAGAUCAUGCCUCCAGAGACCCACUUUUUGCAUGAAAUAGACAGCCUGAAGCAUAACAUUAUCCCAACACGCACCCCAUCAACUGGACCUACAACUGCUACUGCCCUAGAUCCUAAACUCCUUGGUCCUGGUAGCUGGAAUGGGGACAAAAGCAAUCGAGGUGGAGGCAGUGGCAGCAGAGGGGGAAGCCGUCCAGGGAGCAGGCAGAGCAGUCGUCCUUCAACUCCGUCAUCCAAUACAGCUCUGGUGUCAGCUUCAGGGCCAAGCAUAGAGGAGUCUGCUGUUUCCAGCACAAAGGGUCCAUCCAGAUCCCCCAGCCGACAAAACACCAAAACCGAGCAUGGCUCUGACCUCGAGAUUAAGCCUUUACAGAAGAUAGACUUGGAGUCCAAAGUGGCAGAACCUACUUCAUCUCCUGUAAGGACCAGCCUUAUCUCCUCUACUGAUGAUGAAGAAGAAGCACCACCUCCUGCGUCCUCCAAAGCAGUGACCCCAGAACAAGAAGCUCCUGAACAGAAAACCAAGGCAAAUGAACCUACAGUAGAGCUUGAAGCAGCAAUAACAGAGAGUGAGCAGGAGGCAGAGAAAGACGAAAAACUUACUAACAAAGUUGAAACUAAGAAAUCUAAGAAACGAGAGCCUAGUCCAUCUCCGAGACGAGAACCAAGCCCGGCUCCAAGACGAGACCGCAGUCCUGUGCCUAAGCAGGACCGUAGCCCGACACCAAGACAAGAUCCAAGCCCUGCUACUAGGCAGGACCAUGGUCUGACUUCAAAACGAGAACCAAGCCCGGCUUCAAGGCGAGAACCAAGCCCGGCUCCAAGACGAGAACCAAGCCCGGCUCCAAGACGAGAAAUAAGCCUGGCUCCAAGACAAGAACCAAGCCCAGCUCUAAGACAAGAACCAAGCCCAGCUCCAAGACGGGACAUUAGUCCAGCUCCCAGAAGAGAAUUUAGCCCGGCUCCUAAAGCUGUGCCUAAGCUUGAACCCAAGGUUGCACCAAAAACAGAGCCAAAAGCUACUGACAAACUAGUCACUAAGCCUGCUCCCAAAGUGGACCCCAAAGCUGAGCUGAGACAGAGGGCUUUGGUGAAAACCCCUGAUAAAGUGACUGAAAUCACAGCACCAGAAGAGGGGCCAAAUACAAUUAUGAUCUGCAUGGUGAUUUUGCUCAAUAUUGGCCUGGCCAUUGUUUUUGUUCACAUCCUGUCCUGAUAGAAAAAUACUCAAGCAGAAUGUUUUUUUCUUCAAACCACGGACAUCUAUAAUGAAGAAAGAAGAGAGAGGAGCUGUAAUGGAUGCCACAUGCUUCUCUUGAGGCUUCACUGAUGUGAUACAGUCUCAAUAAAGCCCUCUCGAGCCACUUGAAGGACAGUUACUAUGUGUAGUUAAAUUGAAGGAUGAUAUACAGUGAAAGGGUUUCUGAGUGAAUGCUGGUGAGAGCUUUGCUCUCACAUAAUGGAAUGUGUUUAUCUGUAUUGUGCUGCUUUGAAGAACUAUCCUAGCAAAUUAACGGUGCCAUUUACUUCUUUAAAAAGGGCGAAUAUAUUUUAAGCAAAUCAAGCACUGAUGUCAAUCUUAUGGGUUUACCACUGAUUAUCAAUCAAAGCCAUGUUUUCAGAUAAGUCAAAGAUCACGUGAAUUUGAAGAAGGCAAAAGAUCUAACUGGAGGGAAAGAAUUGCGUAUUUUACCAUCCGAUGAAUGUUUCAAAAAGUUAUGUGUGCAAUAAUUCACACUCAAUAAGAUGUCUUAAAGUCUCACAAUAAGGCCUUUUCCUUUGGUCUCUAAUGCAGUCUUCUAACAAUUUUUUUUUUUUUUUUACUUAUGGCAAAAUUGAUUCUGUAAUUAAUCUUCAUUUAUUAAACAUAUAAGCCUAAAUUUUAGAACACAGCACAAACCAAGAGUUUUCAGUUCACGCGAGAAAGAGGGGAUAGUGUGCCCUAUAGUUUUGUCUGAUGUGUCUGAGAAAGUUUCUCUUUAUCUAAAAUCUAACCUCCCACUUCCAUUUACAAUGUCUGAACAUUUAUAAAGAACUAGCUAAAUUGUUUAGCUCAAAAAACAUUGUACUGUGAAUAUUUUGUGCUUGUGAGCUUAUUUUUUUAAUAAGUACCAUUUGCAGAAACUAAAGUGUUACUCAGACGAAGCUGGUUUUGUAUGCAUGUAUGUUGAAGGUUUUUCUACCUUUCUAAACAUUGUGAUGUUACAAUAACAACAAAGUGUGCAUUUGCAAAUACUGAAGAAUUACCUUAGGGUAGCCAAUCUACAAAGAUCUAACCAAUUAAGAUCUGGUUCCAAUUGUAAAAUCGAAUCCGUUGAUGAAUAGAGGUAACCGUGCCUAGUCAGCAUUAAAUUCUGCAGUCACUCUUUCAAUCAAACUCAACAUCUUACAGCUGCUGUUGUUGAGUGCCAUGAUUAUAGUCAUCAACCAAAUGUUUUUAUUUUAUUUUGAGAUUAAUAGUUAUAGUAUUUAUGAAUCAUAAAGCCUUCUAAAACCAUCUAGUUGUUUAACCCACCAUCAAAUGGUAUUAAGAGAAAUCAGUGAGUUUCCUGGAAAUGCUCUAAAACAACAUUCAUCUGUUUUGGCUUGUAAUUGUUUGCACUGAAGUGGCUUGUGCUCAGCAUUUUACAAUUAAAUUUUCCAGUGUAGUUUAGUCUCUUAAUGCUACUCCAAAAUGUCUAUGGUGUGAAUGAAGAAGAAAAAAAAAUUCAUUUUAUUCAUUCAUGUUUGUUUCCAUAUGCUUUCACUUGCUGAAUACUGAUUACCCAGAAAUCCAGAUACUGUUCCAAAAUGUUCAUCCGCCAGCAGAGGAACUCGCAUACGUGUUUGCACCUUGGAGAUGAGUUCGAUCACGGCACUCAAAAUGCCAAGUAUAAAUUGAUUGUCCUGCGCAAUACCACUGAAUGCCAAUAAAUCUAUUUUUCAACUGUAA